AUGGCAGCAGCGGGGAUUGGGGGAGGAGGGGACCACGACCUUCCCCUCGAGGAGGUCGACGCCGUCCUCGCCUCCUUCUCCGGCGACCCAGCCACCGCCUUCGCCCCGCUGCCUGCACCGGAUGCGGCGGCGUCGCGGGAGCUGGUGGUUGCUGGUGAGAGCCCACUGGAGGGGCUGGGGGACGUCGAGAAUUUCCUUAUGCAGGAGGAGGACUACGAGGACGAGGCACCGUUGGACGGGGUUGAUGAGUUCUUGGACGGCAUCCUCGUUGAGGACGGCGAGGGCGAGGGGAGCCCCAAGCCCACUGGAGAGAAGAGCGCCGAUAGGGCGCGCGCGGGGGAGGAUGAGGUGGCGGUGGGUGUGGAUUGCGGCGACGAUCCCAACAGCAAGAAGAAGUGGAGACAAAUGAGGAAUAGGGAUUCUGCCAUGAAAUCUAGGGAGAAGAAGAAAUUGUAUGUAAAAGAUCUGGAGAUGAAGAGCAAGUAUCUGGAGGCAGAGUGCUGCUGCCUAAGCUAUGCCCUCCAGUGUUGCACUGCUGAGAACAUGGCGCUUCGCCAGAGUUUGCUGAAGGAUAGGCGUGCCGGUGCUCCUACAACCAUGCAGGAGUCUGCCGAACUCACGGAACCCGAAUCAGAUGCUGACAUCCGCACCCGUGUCCAUGUAACACUGGUUCCACAUGUUAAAUUGGAGAUACAGAACCAAAACCCUGCCGCUGGUUUCCCUGCUUUGGCUAGUGAGCAUCUUGUGCCUAUUCCUGGUGGACGACAUGCCCAACAGAAGCCUGGUGGCUCCAAGAAGCCUCGAAAGAGAUCUUGUAAAGCUGGCCAGGACAUCAAUAAACGGUGUAAAGAUGACCAGAAUGACAAGUAA